GGUGCAUUCGGGGAUAGCAGAUACCAGAGAGAGGUCAGAGAAACACAGAUUGCGCAAGAUGUCGGUCGUUUGUCUAUCGUCUUUGGGUCGUUGUAGCACCGUGGCAUUCCGUUCUUCCAGUGGAAUGGUGGCGGUUCGGUACGCCCAGACAGCGGCGGCCACAGCACCCCAGCCCAGAGUCAAGAAGUUCCAGGUGUACCGCUGGGACCCAGACACGGUGGGGGACAAGCCCCGCAUGCAGACCUUUGAGAUUGAUCUCAACACCUGUGGACCCAUGGUAUUGGACGCCCUCAUCAAGAUAAAGAAUGAGAUGGACGGCACUCUGACCUUCCGUCGCUCCUGCAGAGAGGGUAUCUGUGGAUCCUGUGCAAUGAACAUCAAUGGAGGCAACACACUGGCCUGUCUGAACAAGAUUGACACCAACACCAGAAAGGCUACCAAGAUCUACCCUCUGCCACACAUGUAUGUGGUCAAAGAUCUGGUCCCUGACAUGAGUAAUUUCUAUGCUCAGUACAAGUCAAUUGAGCCCUACCUGAAGAAGAAGGAUGAGACAAAUGAGGGAAAGGAACAGUACCAUCAGACUGUGGAGGACAGACAAAAACUGGACGGGCUGUAUGAAUGUAUCCUGUGUGCGUGCUGCAGCACCAGCUGCCCCAGCUACUGGUGGAAUGGAGACAAGUACCUGGGACCUGCUGUCCUAAUGCAGGCCUACCGUUGGAUGAUCGACUCGAGAGAUGAGUUCACAGAGGAGCGUCUCUCCAAGCUGCAGGAUCCUUUCUCUCUCUACCGCUGUCACACCAUCAUGAACUGCACUAAGACCUGCCCCAAGGGCCUGAACCCAGGGAAGGCGAUUGCAGAGAUUAAGAAGAUGAUGGCCACUUACAAGGAGAAGAAAUCAGCUGUUGCUUGAACUCUGGGGUCAUGACCCUUGGCGACCCCCCCCCCUUAAAUUAAUCUACAAUUAAGAUGCCCUACAAGUGAGAUCUGCUGGGCCUGCACACUUUUGAACUUCACCAACUCCACACUCCAGCACGACAUUGGACUCCAAGGCAACGGUUGGGAGGGAGGGAGAGAUGUGAGACAUGACCUGCAUACUUCACUAGAAUGAUGGUGCUUUCCUUGGUUCAUUCCCAUUGUUUGGUCUGGUGUGGGUGGGUUUGAGUUGAGGGUGAUGGAUUCACAGACAAGAAAUAUGUCUAUGAUCUGCUCGUCCAUCAUAACUAUAUAGAGUUGAAGUAGGAAGUUAACGUACACCUUAGUCAAAUACAUUUAAACUCCGUUUUUCACAAUUCCUGACAUUUAAUCCUAGUAAAGAUUCCCUGUUUUAGGUCAGUUAGGAUCACCACUUUAUUUUAAGAAUGUGAAAUGUCAGAAUAAUAGUAGAGUGAUUUAUUUCAGCUUUUAUUUCUUUCAUCACAUUCCCAGUGGGUCAGAAGUUUACACACUCGAUUAGUAUUUGCUAGCAUUGCUUUAAAUUGUUUAACUUGGGUCAAA